AUGUCUACAAGUGAUAAAGAGUUGAGAGACCAGCAUGUCACGGAUCAAGCCAUUUCUAUUGUUUUUCAAAUCAUCCGAUAUGUACCACAACUCGGUUCAAACAAUAUCAAUGAAAUCAUUCCAAAAUGGUUAAACUAUCUUUCAAUUAAAACCAAACCAAACAACAAUCUCAUCUCUAACCUUUGUGACAUUAUCCAUCUCUACCCCAACCAAUGUUUUGGCAAAGAGUAUCAACAUGUUGAGAGAGUACUGGAAAUCAUUCAAUUCUUUCAAAAAACAGACAGUCAAAGACAGGUACUCACUGAUACAUUAACAUUUAUCAAAGAUUCUCUACAAUCAAAUUGGGAUACUAUUCCUGAAUCCAAAAGAGAUGGACUAUCAAAACAUUUUAAUUAA